AUGACAGAGCGAGUAGCCAAGCCAAGAGGAAGAAAGAAGAAAGAGACGGCAAGAGCUACAAUGACGGUCCGUGGGAAAGAGGAUGAUCGACCAUCAGCUACUCCACGUCAUAUCCUUCCUCAGGGCGAGGCCUCAAGCAAGACUAACCAAAUGCCGUCAUCACGCUCAGCAUCUUCCUCCACAACCAGAGACGCCGAGACAGUGGAGCAGGCCAUGGUAGCCAUCCGCCACCAGUACCGACCUCCCAUGUUGAACCAACCUUCAAGAGUCUUACCGGAAGCUCUUGACACUGCUUUCCUUUCCCACUACGUUGAAUUGAACAAGGGUGGAAGCCAGUAUGCGCCUGAAAUUCAAUGGCUCGGCCAUAUACCAGAGAUUCACAGCAACGCCAAAAAGCCUGCGGUUCGGUUGUCUCUACGAGCAGUCUCCAUGGCAUUUUAUGGAAAACACCAUCACGACCCGAGCAUUCUCAUCGACUCUUGGAGAUGGUACACCGUGGCCUUGAGCGCUCAAAGAACGUCAAUAGCAAGACUAAAGAAGGACGCUAUCCCCGAUGAAGAAGAGGUUCUGGUACCUCUCAUCAUGUCCUUGUAUGAGUUGUAUGUGGGCGCGACUGCGUCUGGCGCUAUGGCUCAUAUCGCGGCCGCAGCUGAUAUUAUGAACAUGCGUGGGCCAAGCAACUGUGGGUCUGGUGCCAUAUGGCCGCUGUUCAAGGGAAUCCGUAGCUCUGAUGCCCACAAAUGUGUAGUUUUCAACAAAACGUCGGUCUACGCCGCACCAGACUGGAUGACACUACCGUUUAUCGGUAAGCCGCGAGACGCGCACCAAAGUCUUGCAGACAUCGAGCUCAUGAUUCCCCAUUGCAUGGCCUUCCUAGAGAUACCUGGCUCAAUGCGUGUGCUUUUUUCAACCUCAAUACCGGCACACGUUGAUGUUCGUCCUUGCAAAGAACUCGCGUGCAAGUUGAUUAGAGAUCUUGACGAAUGGGGUCGGGCAUAUCCUCACUUAGCUAGCCUCUCCAGAAGCCCGCGUGGUACACCUGCACCUGCAGAGAGGGCACUGAUCGCGUCGAAUUACGUUUCCGACCGUCUCAUGAUGAACAUGAUCAUGCACAAGGUGCAAACAGAAUCGACUGCGCCACUGGAGCCGUACGAGAAUACUACUGCGCAUUAUUACGACGAAGCCACGAAAGCUGCCGUGUCUAUCAUAGAGGCUGCGGUGGAGAUCGAACGGAAGCAAGCUCCAGGCUUUGACCUGCUGCGUAGUAUCGCGCCGGUGAUGGCAGUCGCUUUCGCUGCUCCGACAGUGGAACUGAGAAAAGAUGCGGUGGACAUAAUGACGAGAUGGGCAGGCAAGGUCGGUGGACUCGGUUCGGUGAUCAGCGCGAUUUGA